GGUCGUGAGGCCGCGGGGAGGUGGGGUACCCUCACAGGACCUCACUCCUCAGCGAACCUCUCCCGCGGCCGCACCUCCUCCGACACCUCUGCCAUGCCACCGCUGCCGCUACUACUGGCCAUCCUCCUCCUCGUGCCGCCCUUCUGGACCGCUCGUGUCGCCAUCAGGGAGGCGCCCAAGGUGCAGAUUCUCUCACAGGGUGUCGUGGCCGGCAGGGAAGUGUUCGUCACUAGGACUCAACGUGCUCGACAGUACCUGGGUAUACCGUUCGCUCAACCUCCAGUGGGUUCCCUGAGGUUCGCCCCCCCUGCUAUCUCUCCUCUGCCCUCGUGGGACGAACCCCGCAACUCGACGUUUAUGCCCGCCUGCAUGCAGGAUCGAGAUCGCUUCGAGGACCACGAUAAGCUCAAGCUGGAGCAAAAGUUGUUCCCUGAAGAACGCAUUGAGUUUAGCGAAGACUGUCUCUACCUCAAUGUCUACUCUCCUGACGGAACCCCACCCAGUGAAGGAUGGCCAGUUUUGGUGUGGUUUCAUUCUGGAGACUUCAUGGUUGGGGCCCCUCAUCUUUGGGACUUUUCUGUCUUUGCAGUCAAACAAAAGGUGAUAGUAGUGACACCAGCAUACCGCUUGAACGUGUUCGGCUUCUUCACGACGAUGGAUGGCAUGGCUCCAGGCAACUUCGGACUAUUGGACCAAGUAGCAGCCCUGGAAUGGGUUAGACAGCAGAUUCGUGAUUUUGGUGGGAACCCUGCUCGGGUGGUGAUUGGGGGCCACGGGGCAGGGGCAGUCAGUGUCGGGCUGCAUCUCGUUUCUCCCCUCUCGGAGGGAAAGUUUUCAGCAGCAAUACAGAUGAGCGGGAGCCCCCUCGCACCGAUGACCAUAAAAAACCACCCGAAAAGUCUAAUUUUGGAAAUCGGUGACAACUUUGGCUGUGAAGAGAUGAUGGUGUGUCUGCGGAAGAUCAGUCCUCUGAUAAUGCUGAUACAGACGGGUAACGCUGCCGACUGGGGACCGGUAGUGGACGGGUACUACGCCAACAACACUGCGGACGCCUUCCUUCCUCAGCAUCCCGCUCAGCUGUUUGAGGAGGAGCGUUUCUCAAAGGUCCCACUCAUGAUUGGCUACACGGACAUGGAGGAAGCUCUGGAAUUUAGCAAGAAAGACCCCCCUGACAGCGACUUUGACAAGGACGCAUUUGGGACGCUUAUAGGUGACACGGCCUUAGAGGGAGUAUCUGACCCGGAGGACAACGAGACGUGUUAUCUUGACAGGACUUUUGUAAGAGACUCUGUAUCUUUUUUCUAUAACUCUGAACCACAGAACACAGACGGGGUACUACUCAAGCAGAAGUACAUGUACUACAUGACCGAGAAGAAAUACGGUGCAAGCGUUUUCAACCAGUCCACAGCCAUCAGCAACUUCAAACCCGUGUAUCUGUACAGGUUCGACUACCGUAUGAAGACUGCGGGAGUUCUAGACCUUCAAGAUUGGAUGACGGCGCCACGAUACGGUGAAAUACCUUUUGUUUUCGGAAUGCCUUACUGGACAUCGAUAACAUCUCAGAUAAUCUGGAACAGUGCUGACAAGAAAGUGGCAGACAACGUCAUGAGUCUUUGGGGAAAUUUUACUAAAUUUUUCAAUCCAGCGCAACACGGGCGGGCGUUCAAGUGGGAGACCUUCAACCCUGAGAGCCCCGGAGUGAUGAUCAUAGACAAGGUGUUCAACAUGAGUGAUUCAGCGACAGUUAACUACAAGGCUCUCUCCUUCUGGAACGAAUACUUCCCGAAAGUUGUGAGAAUCGCCACUCAAUGUUGCAACAUGACGAAUGAAGCGGUCAGAUGCCAGGUCAACCAGCAUUACAUAGUCUUGUAUUUCUGGACGAUGUUUGCGACAGUAUAUACCUUAGCAGCGAUAUUUUUGUAAUACUGAAAUCAAAACUUAGUUGUAAAUAAACACAAUAACGCUGUUGCCCUUAAUCAAAAUGUAUCAAACUUUUGUAUUGACAAUAUGUUAGUGCUUUAGAUAGCAAAUACAAUCAAAAAUGAUACAUGUAAGUACGAUUAUCUGU